AUGGCUUCAGGCCUUCUCAAGCCUCUAGCGGUAUUUUGCACUCUGCACUCUCAACGAUGCAUAAAAGCUGUCAGGAACCUUGGCGAUGCAUGGCGUAGCCCUGCUGAAAAGCCUCUUUCCCAGUCUGAAGAAGGCUCUGCUCUGGUGGAAACCGACUUUGAACUUGUUUUGAAAAUCUCGAAUAUACUGGAAGACUAA